ACCAUGAUGUGAAAAUAGAACAACUUUCAUUUUGAAAUUUGGUCGGGUCCAUAUCUGUCGGUAUAAACCGGCUAAUUCAGCUUUCUCCCUUCAGUAUGGAGAUGUUUUAUAAUUUUUUUCUUUUUGUUUCUGUACUCGUCUGUGUCAUCGAUCCGUCAGCCGGCGAAGGAAAGCUUGUUAUGGUGAAUCUGGUCUAUCGUCAUGGAGACAGAUCCCCUAUCGUUAUGUUGCCAAAGGACACCCAUCAGUUAGAUGAUUGGCCCAAUGGACUAGGCUGGCUAUCCAAGAUUGGAAUGAGUCAGCACCACGCCCUUGGCCAGUGGUUGAGGAAUCGCUACACGACAGAGAAUACAUUACUUAAUAAGACCUACAAACACAAAGAGAUCCAGAUUGACAGCUCUAAUGAGAACAGGUGCCUCAUGUCCGCCUAUAGUAACUUGGCUGGACUCUACCCCCCAACAGAGGGGGAGAUGUUUGACCCAUCCUUAAAAUGGCAGCCAAUCCCUGUCCAUACCAGGCCUGAAAAGGAGGACAAUGUCAUCAAUAUGGGUAUGUCCUGUCCAAGGUAUGAUGAAUUACUGACAGAAACCAUAGCAUCUAAAGAAGUUCAGACGGUAGAAACAAAAAACAAGGAAUUCUAUAAUAAGGUGGAGAACUAUACAGGAUUGUCUGGUGUAAAUAUCAACUCUUUAUGGAUGCCAGCUGACACAUUGUUCUGUGAGAAAGCUCACAAUCUGACUCUUGAUUCAUGGGCCUACGAAAAGUAUAACAAUAUGACAAUAUACGAAAGACUCCGAAAACUGGAUGCAUGGCAGUUCCAUUUGUUAUAUUACAACAUCGAGAUGGCCAAACUCAAAGGAGGGCCUUUGUUGAAGGAAAUGAGAGAAAACAUGAACAACAUAUCCAGUAAGAGGAAUUACACAGGCCCCAAACUCUACAUGUUCUCUGGGCAUGACACCACAGUAGCCGCUUUACUCAGUGCCCUGGGUCUGUACAAGGAUAUCCCCUCCAGCCCUGGUUACGCAGCCUGUGUCAUGUUAGAACUGUACAAGACUGAGAAUUACUACUACGUGGAGAUUCAUUAUAAAAACAACCAUCUAAUGGAGUCCAAUGCCUCGACCAUUCUUACACUCAAAGGCUGUGAGAAGAAGUGUAAACUAGAAAAGUUCUUAUCGUUGACUGAUGCAGCAGUUCCAAAGGACUGGAGAAAGGAGUGUUACACUCGUAAUCCACCAAGCAGAUCCGGCAUCCACUUGUCCACAUCUGAGAUCAUCUCUAUAGUGAUGGCUGUAGUACUUAUUGUGACAUUGGUGUGCCUGAUUGUGACCUGUGUAAAACUCAAGCGAACCACCAGUGAAGGCUACAAGACCUUUGUCAACUCGUAAAAGUCUAGCUCUCGCAGCAACGUGAAAUAUCAUAAAAGAUAUUGCUUACUCAAUAUGCAACUAGACAUGUUCUUCUGUACUAUACAUUCAUUGGUAAUUGUGUAAGUCUUGGAAAAUGAAUUGAUAAAAAAUAUGAUGUAGUUAAUGAAGAAACAUGUAGGUUCGAAGGUUAAGAUGUUAUUUUAUUUAGUUACACACUUGAGAUUCGGAAUACUGUAAACAGAGAUUUAUUUGCGACAUUAUUUUGCAAUUUAAUGGACACCCACUGGUUCUUGACUUCAACUAAAUUUCGCGAGUAAGCCUUAUAAAGACGACAAGGACUGGUUCGUGGCGAGAAAUAUUUGCGAUGUCAAUGCUCUCUCGAACAUCACGAAAAUUUCUUGCUCGCGAAUAAAAGUUGGUUUACAGUAUAUUUUAAAUGUAUUGGUGUGUGUAAUAUUUUAUUUUAUUAAUCUAGGUUAACAAUGAUAAUCAGUUUAAACGUUGAAUGCUUACAAAAUAAUGCAGGUAUUACAUGUAUUUUAAACAUUUGUGCAGGCAUUAUUUUAUAUAAAUGAGUUUUUGAGAUGUUAGUAAAUCAGUCACAUACUGUGGUUUAAUUAAUAUUCAAGGGUAUCAAUUUUCGUGGAUAAAGUAAAAAUCGCAUUUCAAGGAUACGUAAAUUCGUGGCCAAUGACCCUAUCAAUACAAAAUGCUCAUGGAAAUUGCACUUCGACGAACACUUAAUUUCGUGGAUCAACUUAAUAACGAAAUCCACGAAAAUUGGUAUUCAUCGAACAUUGAUGAAACCACAGUAUUUAUUGGAUAAGAUUUGUUAUUUGAUUUGAAAUUCAAAGUUACAAUUAAAACACAUAUCGUUAUAAUUUAGGUAAAUGUGGUGAUUUAACAUGUUUAAUAGCAAACAUGUUCAUUAAAAAAUCGUUUAAUCUCCUAAUUGAGGAAAAAAGGUAUACAUGUAGGUUAUUAGAUAGUAAAUACUAAAUGCAAGAAUAGUUUGGUUGUAUAGUACAAAUCAUGUAGCCGUUUCAACAAAAGCUUUAAGAAAUAUUUUGAAAUUACAUGUAUUAGAAUUUUACAAAUUUUCAAAGAUAAAGAUGCAAUAGGUGUCUGGCAUCUACACUUAUUAUCAUAACAAUGUUCUGUUUGAUUGCGUGUUUUUGCGUGAGUGACUGUGUGUGUGUGAGCUAAACAAUUGUUAAAGCUGGCUUUGCCAAUUCUAGCAUUUGGUCCAGAAUUGUAUUGAUGAAACAAGGAUAUUGGAUGUUAACAUGAAAAUUAAAUCAAUUGCAAUGGAAUUCAUUGAUGAAUGUAUUAUUGAUGCAUCCUUCUGAUAAAAAAAAACAAGUGUUGUCAAAGUGUAUGGCUUAAUUUUGUAUUUUUUUUCCCUCUGACAGUGCAUAUUCACGCUUGUUCAGAAAUUAACUUUUUUCAAAUAACAAGUACUGUGGAAUCAUUAGAAUUUGUGGUGGCUCAAUUUUCGUGGUAUUCUUGGAUAGCCCUUCCCAAUGAAUUCACAUUCUCAACAAAAACAAAUUUAGAAGAAUUACCUUUCUUACUGAAACAGCUUUCUUACUGAAACUGAAAACUGGCGCAUCCACGAAACAACAUCCCGAGGAAUAGGCAAAAACCCACGAAAAUUGCCCCCAACAUAAUUUAAUAAUUCCACAGUCAUCUAAUUAUAAGUAUCUGAAGUAAUUGUUUGAUUCCCUACGUUUCAAAAAGUGUUCCUGAUAGUGACUGUGUAUAUGUACUGGCUUUGUAGCAAUUAAUAUAGGUUACGAGUAUUAACAUUCCAUUCAUUCUAGACCAUCUUAUUGAACAUGUACAUACAACAAUAUUAUAAUGAAAAGAAUUAGAUUUUUUUCCACUUAUAUCAAGGGCUUAAUAUUUUAAUUUACAUGCACAUAUCUUUUUGAUUUAAUACCAGUGUACUAAAUUUACAAUUUUUUUGUUAAAUGAAUGUUGGUAUGUUUGUAUUUGCAUACACCUGUGAAAAAUAAUUUAAUUAUGACUGUGUUUCAAUUGUUGAUAACAAUUGAUAAAAUAACUCAUCGGGGUUUUUUUUAACAAGACAUGUAUGUUUGACAUUCAGUUUAAUUUUGCCUCCAAUAAUCAUUCAUGAAAGACAGCCAUGAAAAGAAGGGCAUGGUAUUAUUCAGUUUUUGUAGCAAUUUUGUGAAAAAGAUUUUUUUCAAUUUAUAAAAUUUUAAUGAUUGUUCUUAUAUUUUAUUGAACUAUGUAUCAAAUGUACUAAGGAUAUGAUCACCAUUAUUUUUGUUGAACAAGAGUUUCAUCAGUUUUUAUUCAAUUGUAAUGUAUUUUGGGGUUGUUAAUUGUUCUUUUCUUUGUGAUUUUCAUACACUGUAUGUUUAACUUCUCUUCACUUCAUCAUUAACAGAACUCAGUAUUGAUAUUGCGAUCUUAAGGAGAGAAAACAUAAUUUAUAAUUUGGUGAAUUAGUUAUUGGUUUUAUACAUGAAGUCUUGUGUAUUAUCUUCCACAAUGAAUACAUGUUUCCAUUCAGUUAAUUUUUCAUCAACAACUGCUAUUGAACAGUCAAUAGAGGAAUUACAAAGACUGUAUUUUGUCUUUUUUUGCAGCAAUUAGCUUUAGUUUAUUUAGGAAAGAUCAUACAUGUGUAGAUCAAAUGUCUUUUCAUGUAUGCACGCUUGUUAUUAAAGCAUGUACGUUUAAAUUAGAUUUUUCAAUUGAACUAGCUGUUUCUAAAUCUUGAUGAUCAAGUUUUAGGCUGAAACUUAAUUUAAUGAACAAUUCAAAAAUUAAUUAUUAAGUACAACUUAAUUUUUCAGUGUUGUUUUUAAGUAAAGAAAAAAAAAACAAUGAAAAAAUUAAGGGCUAUUACAUGUACAUAAUUUAUACUUGAUGUUAAACUGACUGCACAAUUGAAACAUGAAUUCAUACUUGUCUGUAAAAAGGCUUUGUUUUGAUGCAAUUUGAUGUAAAUAAACUUGCACUACUAAAAAUAAACAAA